AAUACAGUCACUCUGUUUUCUGUUUUCUACUUCCAUGGCUGUGUCUCGUGUUAUAACAUGUUUGCUUCUUGUACUGGUGGCGGUGGUGGUGGUGGUUCUACCUGCCGGAAGUUUUGGUUACCGGCGGGGGUGGGACCCGUUGAUCCGGUCACCGGUGGAUCUGGAAGAAGACUUGGAGUCGGAUGGACAGACGACGGGAAACGGGACUAGGUGGGCGGUGCUCGUCGCCGGUUCAAACGGUUAUGGAAAUUACCGGCAUCAGGCUGAUGUUUGUCAUGCUUAUCAAAUACUUAAAAAAGGAGGUUUGAAAGAUGAAAAUAUUGUUGUGUUUAUGUACGACGAUAUCGCAACAAGUGAGAUGAACCCGAGGCCUGGAGUCAUAAUCAAUCACCCACAAGGAGACGAUGUCUAUUCCGGUGUUCCAAAGGACUAUACUGGGGAGCAUGUUACAGUAGACAAUUUGUUUGCCGUGCUUCUUGGUGACAAAAAAUCGGUGAAAGGUGGAAGUGGAAAGGUUGUUGAUAGCAAGCCAGAAGACCGGAUCUUUCUUUACUACUCUGAUCACGGAGGUCCUGGUGUGCUUGGGAUGCCAAACAUGCCUUAUCUUGUAGCCAAAGACUUGAUCGAAGUCUUAAAAAAGAAGCAUGACAUGGGUACAUACAAAGAAAUGGUUAUAUACUUGGAAGCAUGCGAAAGUGGAAGCAUCUUUGAAGGAAUGUUACCCGAAGAUCUCAACAUAUAUGCUACAACCGCAUCGAGCUCUGAAGAGAGCAGCUAUGGAACAUACUGUCCGGGGAUGGAACCCUCUCCCCCACCCGAGUAUAUUACCUGCUUAGGAGAUCUAUACAGUGUAGCUUGGAUGGAAGAUAGUGAGACACACAACCUGAAGAAAGAAUCAAUUGAGCAACAAUUCAACAAGGUGAAGGAGAGGACAUCUAAUUACGAUACUUUCAAUUCAGGUUCACAUGUGAUGGAAUACGGUAGUAAAGACAUCAAACCAGAGAAGGUCUCUUUAUAUCUAGGGUUUGAUCCAGAAACCCUAAACCUCCCGGAUAACCUGAUUUCAUUUGAUAAGAAGAUGGAUGGUGUAAAUCAAAGAGAUGCCGAUCUCAUAUUCAUGUGGCAGAGGUACAAGAAGUCAUCAGAAAUGGAAAGAGCGGGACUUCUGAAGAAGAUAACAGAGACCAUGUCACAUAGGGCGCAUCUAGAUAACAGUAUUGAGAUGAUUGGGAUGCUUCUUUUUGGACCACAGAAUGGUCGUUCAAUCCUCCAUUCAUCUAGAGGUCGUGGGUUUCCUUUGGUGGAUGAUUGGGAGUGUCUUAAAUCUACGGCUCGGUUAUUUGAGAAGCAUUGUGGGUCGCUGACUCAAUAUGGCAUGAAGCACAUGCGGGCAUUUGCAAACAUUUGCAAUAAAGUGGUUGAGAAGGAAACGUUCGAGGAAGCGUGCAUGGCUACAUGUGGUGGGAAGAAUCUUGGGUCAUAUGCAAACAGCAAGACUUACAGUGUUUGAUCAUGUGUUGUUACUUAUUCCGGUGUUUUGUUCACUUAGCAAUAUUUUGGUGUUUUUUCUUAUUCUGUUGUGUUUUUACUCGAAAAUAAACA